UGCCGUUCAAAAUUGGGGUCACAUGGGUUUCAGUUGUUGAUUGGCUCACGUCAAGGUCGCUUCUAAGUUCAUCGGCCUGCGGCUAAGCUGCUAGUUAAACUUUAGAGUUCUAUCACUGUCAUGCUGAUGGAGGAUUCAAGUUUUGAAGAUGAGUCUGGUGAUGAACAUGAUGGUUAUGAUCCUGUUCGCAGCCGGAUUGUGGAUAAUCAAAAUGUAUCAUAUAAACCUAGAUAUGUUCCUUCGGAAGCUGAUGAAAAUUCGGGCUCUGACGAUCUAAGUGAUGAUCUGGAAGAUCACUUAUCUUAUUCUCAUAAUCCUCCACAUUCUCCAGUUGAUUCUUCGAGUGAGCAUUCGAUCGUUAAAUCUGAACAAAAUCAUUUUUCGGAGAAUCUGGAUUACGAUAGGGAAUAUCACGUUGAACCUGUUGUGGAUGUCACUACCCCAGGUUAUGCUCCAAGUCAAGCUUUAACUCCCGAAUCCAGUCCUGCCCUGAGUUAUUCCGGAAGUGAACAUGCAUCAGAUGUAAAUGUGACUAGAAAAACUGAUCCAAAUAUUUCUAGUGAAGUGCAUCAGGAAGAUGAAGUCGAACACGAGAGCAACGAUGACUCAGAGUCUGUAAGCGAAAAAGAUCAGGAAGAGUUUCAUCAACAGGAAGUCGAUGAAACUCCCCAAGUGAAUUCUGUAGAGAAAUAUCCCACAACCAAGCAUAAUUCUCCUAUCGAAUCACUCCAGUAUAAUAAUUUCCCUGACAUUUUUGAAGAUCAUGAUGAUGAUCAAGAUCAAGGUAAAUUCAAUGAAGACUUCGAAGGCUUUGAGAGAGAUGAACAACCAGAAUCUCAAGUGGAUGGCAUCAUAGCAGAUAUAUUUGGCGAAAGUGAUGCAGAAGAAGAAUUUGAGGGCUUCGCCGAAAAUGAACUGGACAAAGGUAUUGAAGAGGAGGUUGAAGUUCAAACAUCUAGUGAGUUAGUAACAAAAAAAGGUCCCCUUACGACAGCUGGAGAAAACGAAGGAGAUGAAGAGUCUGAACAUGAUGAUGAGUUCGUUUCCGACUUCGACCGGAUAAUGGAAAAAAAGAAAGAAGAAUCACGACGAAGACGUAGACGUAAUAGGGAUAUUGAAUUCCUUAAUGAUAGUGAUGAUUUGAUUGUUGAAACCAUUUCUCGAAUGAAAAGUGCUGCCGAUGAAGACAGACAGUUACUUACAGCUAGUCGACCAGCGACCAAGAAACUGAACAUGCUCAAAGAAGUAUUAGCUAUUCUUAGGCGAGCUGACCUGAAAUCCGCCUUGAUAGAAAAUGGAAUGCUUUCCGCUAUAACUGAGUGGCUAUCCCCUUUACCUGGUCAUACACUCCCGAAUCUCGUUAUUCGUGACUCUAUGUUGACUAGUCUCAGUGAGUUCCAGUCACUGUCAUCUGAAGUUCUUCAAGAAUCCGGUAUCGGGAAAGCCUUGAUGUAUUUGUACAAACACCCGAGAGAAACUCGAGAAAACAAGGAUAGAGCUGGAAGACUUAUUAAUGAAUGGCUCCGACCCAUAUUCAACUUGACUAGUGACUAUCGAACUCUCACUAAGGAGGAACGUAAACAGCUAGAUUAUGAACAUUUACCUAAGCGGAGAAACAUCGAUAACGAGGCCUACAACCAUCGGGACAUUAACCGUGAAUUGGAUGGUGAAGCCAAAGGACUUUUGAGGCCUGGCGAUCCUGGAUGGGUUAAUAGAGCCCGAGUUCCUCAACCGUCAAAUAAAGAUUAUAUUAUCCGACCAAAAUGGCGUGUUCGAGAGAAUGCUACUGGGGAUGAUAAUGACGAAGAGGGAAAUGAUGAUCAGACAGAACAAUCUCAGUCACUUUCUCGAAAGCAUCGAAAAACACGAACAUCUGGUUUUGGAGCUACAUCACGAAUUGAAAGUCAUAUUCGAAAUUUAAGUAAUAGUGCUCGUAAAAGUCAUGCUAAAGCUGCUCGUGCAGUUCCAAUGAGUAUUGAAGGUCGUAAUAUGUCAUUGUGAUUAGUAUUUACUGUCAAAUGUUCUUAUUUUAAUUAUCAACUUCCUUUAAUUAUUCUGCAUCUUACUGUACAGUAUAUUUUGCGUUUCUUUUGCUUACUUGUCUCAUGAUAUAAAAAUUUGAACUAGUUUCCGUUUGUAUAUUAUGUUAUGAAAUAAGCUGAAAAUAACAUGUUCACUGUUUUUAUUUUCAAAUAUUUUUCCAAUAUGAACAUUGGAAAUAUAGAGAAAUAUUGUUUUCUUUACAAAAUACUACAUAUUUCCCAUAUGAGAUUCAUGAAUUUAUUAUUGUAUAUUGGUGUAUAUUCAGUUGCAGGGGAUACGAAGUGUUUGAUCGUUUUUUUCAUAUUUUUUUAAAUUUUAUUCUUUCGUACAAUGAAAGCUUUUUUAGGCAUCGCCAUUUCAAACUUAAUUUGUAUCUAAAACCUAUAUACACUACGUAAGAAGGAUUAAUUAAAUCACUGAUAAUGAUAAUAUCACUUAUCGCAGUGUCCCCAUUAUAUUUGUGUUCGAACGUCCAUGUACCUAUAAAAAUUUUUGCUCUGGUUGUUAGAAGGGGCAUCGGCCUCAUGGCUUCC